UCUCUCCUUCUGGCGGAUCUGAACCAGGGUCCUAUCAAAACAUCUCUCUCUGCUUCUUCCUUCGUUUCAAUGGCUGCGGCCGCUCUCAGAAACCCUAGCUCCAAGCGCAUCCUCUCCUACUCGCCGCAAUCCUACUUGUUCGGCCGAGGAUUGAUCGCCGCCGCCGGUUCUCCAAUCGCCAACUCUGCUGUCGGAAAUGACCGAUCUUUUAGCCCUAGUCCUUGGUGGCGAUCCAUGGCCACCUUCACCGGCAUAAAACCUCAAGUGAAUGUUGGAUUUGAUCAUGGAAAAACGACGCUGACUGCCGCAAUUACAAAGGGUUUUGCAACUGUUGCCACCGGCCAUGUUGAACAAGGGACCGUUAAUCCUAAUAUCAUGAACCUUCGCCCGUUAUCUCCUCAUCUUCCUGUUUAUACGCCACAGCUGAAUUCGACGUUUUCAAUUACCAAUAGAAUCUCAGGGGUUGUCCUAGCUACUGUAGUUCUUCUUUUUUAUCUUCUUUAUCUGAAAAUGGGUUUGAUUUGCUUCACCUUUGAAAAAUACUACCAACUCCUCUUUUAUUCAUCAAAGCUCAUCCCCAUCACCGUCGAGAUUUCAGCUUUAGCCCUGGCCUAUCAUACGUUAUAUGGGGUUCGCAGCUUUGUUCGCAAAUUGUGAGCUGAUACAACCGGUUCCUCUUGAACAAGGACAAAGAUUUGCCUGAGGGAGGGAGGUAGAACGGUUGGUGCAGGAGUUGUUCCGUAAGUACUCUGAGAAUAAAGAUUUUCUGGUGCUGGAUCAUUUGAAUCACUUUCUGUGUGCACAUUAGUAGAAUAAGGCGUGGUGAAACAAAGAACUCUUCACUUGGAAACAUGACAUGUCAUAAUUAUUUACAUAAUCCGCGUUUUAUGCGUUUGUUUUAGGUUUUGUUGAUGAGAUUGUCUGGUGUUAGAAUGAACAGUAAAUCGAGUCCUUUUUCGUGCA